AUGCCUGAAUUAAACAGCUUUGAACAGGAUUAUGAAAAGUAUAUAGAUGACUUUAUAGCAUAUAUCAAUUUAGUAAAUAUAAAUAAUGAGCAAAGAAUUCGCAAUAUAUUAGAUCGAUCAGUAAAGAGAGAAGUGCGAGAGUGGUAUAAUAGAGAGUUUGAUAACAAAAACUGGGAGUUACAAAACGUACUUGAUAACUCUGCUAUAGGUGCAACAAUAGCACAUAUUCGAGGUGCCAAUGCUGUAGCUAUAACAGGUACAGUUACUUCUUUCCCAAAUGUUCCACUUGAACUUAUAGGAAUCCGGUCUGGACAAAGGUUGUUUCGAAUUAAAAAGCAUUUCCCGUCUACUGAUAGAUAUUUGAGAAUGUUUGAAAUUGGGGCAUUAAAACAAGGAGGACAUGAAAGUGUAUCCUCAUAUUGGGCGAAAAUUCUAAAGUAUGGAGAUCAAUUAGGUUAUACUCCAGCGCAAAAGAAAACACAAUUUAUGUCUGGAGUAAGAGAUGAUAUAAAGGAGGAAAUCUAUAGGAUUGGUCAACACAGGCCUAUUAAUGAUAUUCUUGACAGUCUAGCAGAACUUGAAUUACGUCGUGGGGUAUUAGGUCCACCACCAUCAUAUCUUAGUUAUACACCAGUCCCUCCUGCUAUUUCCAAUAAAACUCCUCCACCAAUUCCUCCUAAAAAUAUAGAGCAAUUACGUUAUUCAUAUGAAAGUGAUAAUCCCUUUGAUGGGCCUCCUGUACUACAUAAACCAGAUAAAUUACGUUCAGCAAGAAUUGAUAGAUUAGAAUCUAUAAUGGGUAAAGUUGCAGAUACCGUGGGUAGUGUUGCAGAUUCU